AUGCGAUGCGCGAGCAAGGCCGCCGAGAGCGCGUCCGCACGUCUCUGUGCGGACGCCGAAGCAGAAACCACAGCAACUGAUGUCUCAUCGGUUGCUGAAGCGACCCAGCCUGUGUCACUUGGUGAUGCAGGCGCUGGUCAUGAAGACACUCAUGUCUUCACAGAGUAUGAGCUCGGUGUCUCAUACUCUCCUGAUACGGAAGACGAAUCCGUAUCGACGGCUAUCGAAUCCAAGCCGCCUGCCAAGCGUGGAAUGGAUGAUGCUUUGCGUCGUAGCAUUUUUGGUUCAUCUGAUGAUUCAGAUGAACCAUCGCCGAAGCGAAGGCGCUCGAGGUCGCGAGACUCGGGCGCUAAUAGUGGUGUCGGUUCUCCUAUGGACACCACUUUACAGCGAGGUGCCAGUACUUCUGUCGGCACGUCGCCGGAAGAGCGGGACCGCAAUGUUUUGCGUCUCGCUCCCGAGAAGAAGGCAUGGAUGCCUCCCAAAUCCGUCAUGGAUCACUUGUCGGCGACGACGAGUGAUCGUUAUCGAACACGAUUGUUCGAUUCGUCAAGGAUCCAUCACCUUGACCCCAGCGCGAAAAACUAUCGCGCUGAACAUGAAUUCUUCAUCGAUGCUUUCUUCAGACAUUGA